AGAGCUAGCUAGGGUAGCGCCGUUCGGCGUUUCUUGAACCCAACAUUCAAAAAGCAGCAAUCUUGGGUUUCUUGUGUAGAAGGUGAAGCUACCAAUUCUGGGAGGGUUGGAAACUCAGGCAGUUGCAUUGUGGGUUUUUGAGUGUAAAAUAGCAGCACAAAGUGAGUAGCAGGGACAAAACAGUGUUACAAGGAUGUCAAUGGAUGAGACAGAAUCAGCGUUGAGGUUGGUGGAGAUAGAAGGAAGAGGAAGGGCUCUUGUAGCAUCUCAGCCUUUGAAGGCUGGCCAGAUUGUUCUCAGGGAUUCUCCCAUCGUUGUCUAUUCUGCUCUUCCUCUGAUCAAGCACCAAUUUUCUGCCUCCUACUGUGACAAUUGCUUCAGAAUGAUCCCAUUAUCAACAAAUGCAACUCCUUGUACUUCAUGCUCCUAUAAUCAUCUCUUCUGCAGUCCCAACUGUUUCACUGCAGCAAUUGGAUCCUCCCACUCGCCUUGGGUCUGCCAGGCACUCUCUCGUCUUCGUGAGUGCCCUUCUCUCAUCUCACAGCCGUUGGAACUACAAGUUCAAGCACGUUUCCUUAUUGCUGCCUAUAAUCUAGCCUUUGUCUCCCCUUCCCAGUUCCAGGUUUUGGUUUCUCUUCAAGGUCAGGGUUCUCCUUCUGAUGCUCCUUCUGCCCAGUUCUUGCAUUCUCUUAUUUCAUCUAUCUGCCCUCCUCCUUCUUUAUCCCUCUCUAUGGAACUCACAGCUGCUCUACUGGCAAAAGAUAAGCUAAAUGCCUUUGGCCUAAUGGGACCCUUCUCCAUACAGAAGGAUGGACAAAGGUCUGUCCGUGCUUAUGGCAUCUAUCCAAAGGCUUCUUUCUUCAACCAUGAUUGUCUACCAAAUGUGUGCAGAUUUGAUUAUCUUGACUCUGCACCUGACCACAACACUGACAUAAUCGUGAGGAUGAUUCAUGACGUUCCCCAGGGUAGAGAAAUCUGCCUAAGUUAUUUCCCUGUCAAUCUCAACUAUUCCAUCAGACAGAAGAGAUUGUUAGAGGAUUAUGGCUUCACUUGUGACUGUGAUCGCUGCAAGGUUGAAGCAAAUUGGUCUGACAAUGAAGCUGAUGCUAUUGAUGACAAUGAAAAUGAAGAGGAGCUAAUGGAUGAAGAUGAUGAGGAACAAAUGGCAGCAUCUGACACAGAACAAGAAGCUGCAGGAGGAGACACCGAUUUUCCUCAUGCUUAUUUCUUCUUAAGAUACAUGUGUAAUCAGGAAAAUUGCUGGGGCACCCUUGCUCCUUUGCCUCCAUCUGAUUCAUCACCAUCUAAAUUGAUGGAGUGCAAUGUUUGUGGAAACCUCAAGAAUGAUGAAAAUUAUUGAUGCUUAUGUGGGACAAUACACCUUUUCCAUGGAGGACUAUAAUGGGACAGUUUUUCACUCAAUCUGGUGUAAAUUUCAUUUGAGGUUGUAUUUCUAUUCCAUAACUUGGUUUGAAUCUCUUCUAUUUGUUAUUGAGGCAGAUUAUUAACUACUUGUUUUUGCAAAUAGCUUCUUGAUUCCUACUAAAUAUUAUCUUCAGUGUUUCUAAUUUCUAAGAAUAUUUAUGAUUUGCCAUGCCACUAGAGAAAAUACUUUGUCAACUUUCUACACCCUUCCAAUUUUUCUCACAAGCUGGGCUAGAUUUCUUGGUCGUGGGAGUAUAAUGGCUUUUCCAUAAUAUAUAUGCUUUUCGAAUAUUGAUCCAGACAAGUUUUUCUCCUAUAUUUUCCUUCGGGUGACGUCGCCUUGGAUUGCCUAUUCAGCAUGGAACAAUAAUCUUGUGAAAGUUUCUUGCUUGUGCUUUGAUCAGAUUAAACACACCCUAAGCCC